AUGGCUGUGGGCCUUCUUGUGUUGUCGCAGUCAGAACGAACUAAAAAGAAGGGCCUUCGAGUGGGCGGCAGGGGCAGGGAGCAGCAAUUAGGUGAAGAUAGGGAGCCCAGUGUGCCAAAGCCUCAACGAGAAGAACCACCAGCUGAAAGUCAGGAUCAUACACCUGGUCAGAAUAGUGAAGAAGAUCAGGGUGGAGCUGAGAUUCAAGGUGCUUGGAAGGUGCCUGACCUGGAAGCUGAUCUCCAGGAGCUGUCUCAGUCAAAGACUGGGGAUGAAUGCAGAGAUGGUCCUGAUGUCCAGGGAAAGAGUGUACCAAAAUCAGAGCAGUGCAAAAUGCCAGAAGGAGGGAAAGGGAAACCACAGGAUUAAAUGAAGACAAGCUGAAAGAACGCAAACUGAAUUCAUCCGAGAUAUUUGACUUUAAAAAAACUCAAUAAAUCUUUCCAGUUUUCUCC